CUGGUUUGCUGUUUUAGUGGCUCCUGCUUCAGAACUGGUUGGACACCAUGGCUCUACACUGACUCUACUUAGUGUCCCAAAAUGAGACUAACCACUAAAUUAUAACCAAAAGCUUUGUCCGGUGGAAAAAAACAUCUCUCUGAAUAUCCAUGUAGAAACUGGUGUCUGAUUGCAGGGGUGACCAUAACGGUUGUGUGUAAGAUGAAAGAAAUGAGCUGACAUGUCAGAAAACCAUCAUCUGUCUUGCCUGGCCUUUGGCCAGGCAGUGAUUGGGCCACCUGGCUCGGGGAAGACCACUUACUGCUUUGGCAUGCAGGAAUUCAUGUCCAAGAUAGGGCGGAAGGUGGCUGUGGUGAAUUUGGACCCAGCUAAUGAAGGAACUCCCUAUCAGUGCGCCGUGGACAUCUCUGAGCUUAUCACUCUGGCUGAUGUGAUGGAUAAUCUAAAGCUUGGGCCAAACGGUGGUUUGAUCUAUUGCAUGGAGUACCUGGAAGCUAACUUUGACUGGUUGCAGGAAAAGCUGGCUAAACUCAAGGGUCAUUAUUUUUUGUUUGACUGCCCAGGGCAAGUAGAGCUCUGCACCCACCACGGCGCAUUGAAAAACGUCUUUGCACAGUUAGCUAAGUGGAAUUUCAGGUUGGCUGCAGUUCAUUUGGUGGAUUCUCACUACUGCACAGACCCAGGAAAGUUCAUCUCGGUUCUUUGCACCUCCCUCUCAACCAUGCUGCAUGUCGAAUUGCCCCAUGUCAACGUUCUCUCCAAGAUGGACCUGAUCGAACAGUACGGCAAGCUGGCCUUCAACCUGGAUUAUUAUACUGAGGUUCUGGAUCUCUCUUAUCUAGUAGACCAUUUAGCAGCCGAUCCGUUCUUCAAGAACUACCGUCGCCUCAACGAGAAGUUGGUGGAGGUGAUUGAGGACUACAGCCUGGUCUCCUUUGUUCCACUCAAUGUCCAGGACAAGGACAGUAUGCGACGGGUGAUGCAGGCAGUGGACAAAGCCAACGGCUACUCCUUUGGCGACGUGGAGCAGAGAAGCCUUGAUGCCUUGAUGUCUGCAGCAAUGGGAGCUGAUUUCCACUUCACCUCCACACUUGCAGUCCAGGAGAAGUAUGUGCAGCCUCAGGAGAAAACUGUGGAGCAGGAAGCAAUGGAAAUCUAGCACUUGUGUGUCUUUCACUAGGCCUGUUGUGGAAGGAGCUCACUGCCUGCUUUAAACAUGUUUCACCGCUUCCCACCAGGAGCACAAGGGACCCUCCGUGUAGCGUCACUAGGACCCGGUACUUCCUGGGCAGAAGUCAAGCUCUUUGUACGACUGUGUCCGGGUCCUGUUGUGUAUGAGAUGUGUUUCUUGGUGACGAUGAGACGACGACAAGAUAAGGACAAAUUCAGUAUGUCCUUCCUGGAACAAGAGAGAAUCUCAGUCGGAUCUGGGACAGCAGCAGCAGCAAACGGCCCUGUAGAGCAGACCAGAAAGAAGUGCCCACUAUUGCUGAGUCUCCCCACCCCCCACUAUGACCAAAGCCAUGUCCCAAGAGAAAGACGAAUCCGCAUUUACUGCAGGGAAGGAAGCUCCUUGUGGUGUGAGUCCUCCAUGUGUUGAUUGGUGUAUCUGUGGAGUCUCACAGUGAGGUGCAUCUCAGAGAGGCAGCCUACUGGCUAUUCAUCCCUGGGAGAGGGGAGAGGUGUUUAGUGUGCUGGUUUUUCAUGAUCAGUUCUUAACACAAACUUUUCUCCACCCCUUAGUUUCACCGUGCGUGUCUGAGUUAGCUGUGAACUCCCCUGACGUGGAAAAAUACAAUAAAAUGUGACUGCUGCAAAGCAUGGGGGACAG